GGCGACGACGCGAAGCCGUUCGCGUCGAGAGAUCGCGACCUGUACGCGAACCUGAACGUGUCGCGCGACGCGAGCGCGGACGACAUCAAGCGCGCGUAUCGCGCGCUCGCGCAGGUUGCCCACCCGGACAAGCACUUCUCUCCGGCGUCGCGCGAGGCGGCGUCCAAGUCGUUCAACAAGCUGAACGAGGCGUACGAGAUCUUGUCGUGCGCGGACCGACGGCGCGUGUACGACGUUUACGGCAUGGCGGGUCUGGAGGCGGGUCUGGAGAUCGGACAUCGGAACAAGACGCUCGCGGAGAUCACGGACGAGUUCGAACGCGCGAGGGCGAAGGAAGCGCGGAAGCGCGCGGAGGCGAAGCUGAACUUCCGCGGGACGUACGGCUUCAGCUUCAGCGCCGCGCACCUCGUGGACGCGGACAUCGCGCGGCGCAGAGAAGCGCUCGCGGCGAAGAGGAACGCGCAGCUGUCGCCGUUCGACGGCUCCACGGCGGCGUUCAUCGGCGCGCAAGGGCAGAUGGUCAGAGGCAUGGGCGCGGGAGGGCUCAUCUUAGGGAUGCGGAGCCAGCUGGACGAGCACACGAGCGCGGAGUGCGUCGCGGUGACGGGCUCGAAUCAGUCCGCGGCGACGGCGUCCGUCUCUCGCGCGCUCUCCGAGCACUCGUCCGGGACGUUGACGUACUCGCUGACGCAGCGAGGGAUAGGCCUAGAGGUUGGCGCGCAGAGGGUGUUAGGGAAGUACUCGAAAGGGCACUUGACGUGGAACGUCGGCCCGGUGGGGGGGAUGACGACGGGGAUGCAGAGAGCGAAGGAGAAGCACGCGUGGAAGUUUGACGUCUCCGUCGGACCGCAAAACGCGGGCGUCGGCGGGUUCAUCUCGCGCAAGCUGUCGAAGAUGAGCACGUUCCGUCUCGGCGUUCGGAUCGGCAGCGCCGCGAUGGACGUCGACCUGAUGUGCGUCAGGAAAAUCAACCAGGAGACGAGCGUCGGGUUCAGCGUCAGCUUGGGGGUUCGCGGCGCGCACUGGAAGUUUCGAUUCACGCACAACGGGCAAAAGUUUCUGCUCCCGGUGCUCAUCUCCCCGAGACUGACCCCGACGUUGGCGCUGUGCGCGGUGACGAUCCCGACGAUCGUCAUCGCGGCGAUGAAGACCUACGUCGUCGAGCCGAUCGCGACGCGGAAGGUGGAGGCGAAGCAGAGAGCGCUGAGGGCGAAAUACGCGGAGAGGGUGAGGGAGAGCAAAGCGGAAGCCGCGAACACGGCGGCGCUGUUGUUCGACCAAGCGGAGGCGCGCACGGCGAGGGAGCGCGAGAACGGCGGGCUCGUGAUCGAGUGCGCGGCGUACGGGCACUUCCCGGAGCGCGGGCCGCCGAGGAGUUUGGACGAGCCGCCGACGCCGUGGUUGGACGUGACGACCGCGACGCGGUUCAUGGUCUUCGACAGCGCGCUCGACGUCCUCGAGGGCACGCACAAGGCGUCGUUGUUGGGGUACUGCGAUCCGUGCCCCGGAGAGGACGCGUUUUUACGCGUGCGGUACCUGUACCGAGAGAAGCUGCACGAGGUCACCGUCGGCGAGGACGACGAGCUGACGCUGCCG